CCUCGAAUCUUAUUUACAUCACAAUUACAUCGAUCACAUCCAAACGGGCGCGCACGAAAUUUCCCUCCAUCGCAAUUUCCGCUUGCCCAGACUGAAAGGCGAAAGAAAAUGACAGAGAUUCAAGGAAACACCCAGAAAAUGUACAAACGCAAGACCCAAAGUAAGCUCUUAGUCUUCACCGGAGGCGCUGCUCUUCUCGCUGUCGCCGUGAAUCUUGCAAUCGUUGUCAUCUGCAAACGGAAGAAGAAGAAAGAACUUCCAGGAUUUGAGCUACGCGUCAACCUUUCGGCAGCUGAGAUUCUGAAUCUGGCAGAUAAAAUUAUUGCGAAGUCGAAGAAGGUUCACGAUGCUGUUGCGUCGGUUCCCCCUAACAAGGUUACAUAUUCGAAUGUAAUUUCGCCACUGGCUGAUUUAGAGGCUGAACAGUUUCCACUAGUACAAUCAUGCGUGUUUCCGAAACUAAUAUCCACUUCAGAUGAUGUGCGCGCAGCAAGUGCUGAGGCAGAACGGAGAAUAGAUGCUCAUGUUCAGAUGUGCAGCAAACGUGAAGAUGUUUAUCGAGUUGUCAAAGCCUUUUCAGCCAGAGGGGAGCAGACAAGUGCUGAACAGAAGUGCUUUAUUCAAUGCUUGGUUAGAGACUUUGAGCGGAAUGGCUUAAACCUUACUACAUCAAAAAGGGAGGAAUUGCUGCGAUUGAGGGUGCAAAUUGAAGAGCUAAGCCUGCGAUAUAUUCAAAAUCUGAACGAUGAUGGUACAUUCAUCCCUUUUAGUGAGGUGGAAUUGGAUGGUUUACCAAAAGAAUUUUUUGAGAGUCUUGAUAAAACUGAAAAUGGAAAGUUUAAGGUGGUCAUGAGAAGCCAUCACACUGCAGCAGUAUUAGAACAUUGCAAGGUAGGCACGACAAGGAGGAUGGUAGCAAUGGCAUAUGGAAAGAGGUGCGGAGAAGUGAAUCUUUCUAUUCUAGAAAAUUUGGUUCAUUUGCGACACAAAUUUGCCCGCUUACAAGGGUAUUCAAACUAUGCAGACUAUGCUGUUCAUUAUAGAAUGGCAAGGUCAUCUGCUAAGGUAUUUGAAUUCUUGGAGAACAUCUCUGAUAGUUUAACAGAUUUAGCUGCCAAGGAACUGGCCAGCUUAAAGAACCUAAAGAAGCAAGAGGAAGGGGAAAGUCCAUUUGGUAUCGAGGAUCUAUUAUACUAUGUCAAAAGGGCAGAAGAUCAAGAAUUCAACCUGGAUUUUGUGACUGUUAAGCAAUACUUUCCAGUCUCUUUGGUUUUGUCUGGGAUCUUCAAGAUAAUGCAAGACCUCUUCGGAUUAAGGUUUGAGGAAGUGAUAGAUGCAGAGGUUUGGCAUUAUGACGUUAAGUUAUACUCAGUUUUUGAUCUCAACUCUGGUGAACUUAUUGGUUACUUCUUCCUUGAUCUGUACGCAAGGGAGGAAAAAUACAUUCACACAUGUGUGGUGGCCCUUCAAAGCAGUGCAUUGCUAUCCAAUGGUACGCGGCAGAUACCGGUGGCAUUACUGAUAUCUCAACUACAGAAUGAUGUUGAUGGUCAUGCCGGGUUGAUGCGAUUCACUGAAGUGGUUAAUCUUUUCCAUGAGUUUGGCCAUGUGGUUCAACAUGUUUGCAAUCGUGCAUCAUUUACUAGGAUCUCUGGGCUGCGUGUUGAUCCUGACUUUGUUGAGAUCCCUGCUCAGAUUCUAGAAAACUGGUGCUAUGAAAGUGUUUCUUUGAAGUUGUUAUCUGGCUUCCAUCAGGAUAUUACAGUGCCCAUCAAGGAUGAAGUAUGCGAAUCACUGAAAAAAUGGCGACAUUCUUUUUCUGCGCUGAAAUUGAAGCAAGAAGUUCUUUAUUGUCUUUUUGAUCAAAUCAUACAUUGUGCUGAAAAUGUCGACAUCAUUGAAUUAUUCAAGCAUCUCCAUUCAAAGGUAAUGCUAGGUUUGCCCAUGCUGGAAGGAACCAAUCCUGCUUCAUGCUUUCCAUCUAGUGCUAUUGGUUAUGAAGCUGCCUGCUACAGUCGUGUAUGGAGUGAGGUUUUCUCUGCCGAUAUUUUCGUCUCAAAGUUUCGUGGUAAUCUUUUGAACCAAUAUAUUGGCUUGCAGUUCAGAAACAAGAAUGUAAAAUUGGGAAGAAAUUCAGGAGGCCUUUCUUCUCCGAGUUCCAAACUAUUUGGACUAGGGUAAUUAAUACAUUUUUAGUUUACGAGAUUUGGUCCAAGAAGUCUCAAAAAGAAUACUUAAGUUCCUAAAGUUUGAAAAGUAGUUCUGGAUAGAUCGUUAAUUGACGAACAAAAAAGUGACGUGGUAAUUGUAUUUCUUUAAUGGUUUAACAAUAUUUAUCUAUUUUAUAUUGUAUUUUUUAUUAUGUGGUGAAGGGUGGUAAUGGAUUUGAUAUGCCGCGGCCGAGAAUUAAAAAAAAAAGAAGUUUCAACGCUUGGUAAUGGAUAAUCCAUUAGCCACCUGUGGUGUUAACCUACAGAAUUUGGACAAUCCUCUGAAAAUAGAGUUGGAAUCAUCUCCAGCAAUCGUUCAAAAUUUGGAUAAUCCUCUAAUAAGAGUUAAAAAAUCAUUCUUCCGCAAUUAUUUAUAAAGUUCUAGCUCAAAAGGAGUCCUGGUUCAUAUAUUCCUUCGACUCCAGGAUAUAUUGGAAUCUAAAUACCAACUGUUCCUCCAUUAACACCCCACCUCCCCCUUGGUACGUAUUCCUUCACUGAGGGUUUGUAAAGCAUUUAAUGCACUCAACUAUAGUAGCCACCGGAAUGGGCCAAAUAUGUGUUUGUGUGGAAUUGCCGGGAGCGGAGGCUACUCGGGAAAUAUUUAAAAUGUAGAUUUUGAAUCAAAUUUAACUGAAAAAGAGGGAAAAUUUCAUCGGUCAUCAGAUUAUCCACAACCCUCUCUAAGCCUACUACUACCGCUUUAGGGUCACUUCAUCUCUUAAUGCCAAAUGGACUGAGCCAAUCGCCUCUGUAGUUUUGUUUAUAGCAGCUGACCACAAAUUCUCUCCAACAACUCAACAUAUUCUUACCUUCUCAUAUUAGUUAUUGCUAACUGAUACUGACGAGCAUAAUAGUACUGCAUUACCUAACAUGCUAUCCUAAAGGUCUGU